AUGCGCCAGAGCUUGUAUCUUUUAUCGAGGUCUGUGUGGAAGGGACCAAACAUCGUGCCGCUCCCAGUAAAAGAGGCAUUAUCAAAGGGUGCCCCGAUCAGAACAAAUGCGCGAUCAGCGACGAUUCUGCCGCAGUUUGUGGGUCUGAAGUUCCAAGUUCACAACGGUAAGGAAUACGUUGCCUUUGAAGUGUCGGAAGACAUGGUAGGAAGCAAAUUGGGAGAAUUUGUUCCCACACGUAAGAGAUUCAGCUACACCCAAACCAAGAAUAAAUAG